AUGUCUAAUAGAGUUGAUCUCCUUAAGUUUCUCCCAUUAGAUAUUUGGCACUCUGUUAGGGACUAUCUUUAUCCAGUCAAUGUUGAAAAUGUCUUAAACUCUGGUUCGGCUCUCUGGAAAUAUAUCUUUAAAGACGAAACCUGGCUUAUCCUGGUGGAGACACAUGAUCAAUAUCUUCCUUACCUGAUUGGGCAUAAUCUAAGUGCUUUCAGACCUUACUAUUCAGGUGAUCUUUGUCAGUAUCAGGAUAAGUUCUUCACGUGUCUCCAGAAUAGUUGGGUUUAUAAUAAAUAUCGACACGAGAUCAGCUUCCAACCUGGCCUUAUUAUUAACAUACAUGAGAUUAUUACCGGCCAAGAAGCAGCGGCUCUUCCCCUCGAGUAA